CACGGCCCCGGGACGGGAUUGGCGGGGAGGGUUGCGGCGGCGGCGACAUUGUCGUGGAUAUGCUACUGCCUCGUGAGAGGAGUGGGGACUCCGUAACUCAGCCGUCUCGGGAGAAGAAGGGGCAGCCAACAGCCCUUCAGAAGAGGCGCAGUCAAUAGGGUAGCCCCUUUCCUUAAGAGGGGAAAGCAGUAAAGUUACACUGUGGGCACAUGUGGUUCUGAACCGAUGGACGGUUGUUCCGUGAGGCGAGGCAAGACCACGAGUAAAGGUCUCCAGCUGAGGAAGCUCAGCAGCUUCGUCAAACUACGUUUCCUCUUGGAGUCUCUUGGGACAGCCCUGAUAGUCCAAGUGGUGAAGCACUGAUAAAUGUUUGUAGUGUGGGUAUGCUUUAGGAACCGUUGUGGGGCAUCUUGCCCUGCUUUGAGGGAAGCUUGUUUACGCUUCAGAGCCAUAUCUACCACAGAGACCUGCUGUAAUGAUUGGUCCCUUUCUGUAGGGAACCCUUGGAAGCAUAGUCCCGUGAUAUGAGCUAGGGUUCCCUAACGGACUCAACACCCACACCAAGGAACAGUUUCCAGGAAUCAUCGAGGAAAAUAAUGACAGGCAAACCGACAAUAGUUUUAGACCGCUUUGUAGGAAUUAUGGAUCCAAGCUUGCUAAGAGAACGAGAACUUUUCAAAAAAAGAGCACUCUGUACUCCAGCUGUAGAAAAACGUCCAGCACCCUCUUCUGAUUCAUCAUCUUCUAAGAAGAAGAAGGCAAAGGUAGAGCAGGGUGGAUCAUCAAGCUCAAAACAGAAUGCAGAUCAUAGCAAUGGAUCUUUUAACUUGAAAGCACUUUCUGGUGGAUCUGGCUACAAGUUUGGAGUCCUUGCAAAGAUAGUGAACUAUAUGAAGACACGGCAUCAGCGUGGUGAUACACACCCAUUAACUCUAGAAGAAAUAUUGGAUGAAACGCAGCACCUCGACAUUGGACUGAAGCAGAAACAAUGGUUAAUGAGUGAGGCUCUUGUCAACAAUCCCAAAAUAGAAGUUAUAGACGGGAAAUAUGCUUUCAAGCCUAAGUAUAAUUUGAAAGAUAAAAAGGCCCUGCUCCGGCUCUUGGAUAAACAUGAUCAGCGAGGGCUGGGAGGAAUACUGUUAGAAGAUGUUGAAGAAGGACUGCCUAAUGCACAGAAAGCCAUAAAGGCUUUAGGGGACCAGAUCAUCUUUGUUACACGUCCUGAUAAGAAGAAAAUUCUUUUCUACAAUGAUAAGAGCUGUCAAUUUACAGUGGAUGAAGAAUUUCAGAAACUUUGGAGGAGUGUUCCUGUGGAUUCCAUGGAUGAAGAGAAGAUAGAAGAGUAUCUGAAACGCCAGGGGAUUUCUUCUAUGCAGGAGGCGGGACCAAAGAAAAUAGCUCCAAUUCAGAGAAGGAAGAAGCCUGCUUCUCAGAAGAAACGGCGGUUCAAGACUCACAAUGACCAUUUGGCUGGAGUAUUGAAAGACUACUCUGAUGUGGUUCCUGGCAAAUAGGGGGCCUUCUGGAAAGAACUAUUGUGAGCUUUGAUGCAGGUGCUCAGUAGCUCUGAGGGACAAGUGUCCUGUGUAUAAUAUUCUGUGGUUCUUCCCUGUCCCAGUCCUAGAACAGCCAAGAACCAGUUCUUGAGAUAAAGAAUAAACUGUUCAUCAUUGCUUAUUUUAUUGGCCAAUAUGAAUUUGGAUCAGAGCUGUUCAGUGUCAGACUUCUGGUAUUGGGGUCAAAUAUAUUCAGCAUGUAAUGCUGAGGUUCUUGUUCAUCAUUUGAGUCUUCUUUAGUAAUUUUUGGGAGUUCCAUGGGUAUUUUCUUUUAUUCAUCAGAGCUGACUUGGAGGUAAAUCUGAAUGUUUUCUUUCUCAAGUAAACAUGUUUGUAAUAAAAUAUUAGAAAAAUGAG